CAAAAGAGAAACUCACGCCUGUUUUGGAAUCAGUCCGAGGGUCUUGCAGAAUUGAUCAAGUGUAAUCUGUCCGGUAUUGUCAGUGUCAAAUACGCGGAGAAAUGUCUAAAAUGCCAGAAAAAUAACAAGUUUGAUUUGCGGGGUGGAAACGUUGGUCAUUGUGACGGACGUUCUGACCGACGUUUGGAUAUUCAAAGUGAUGAGACUCCU